AUGGUCAAGGGAAGAAAAAAGAUUACUAAAAAAUUACGACAAAAGAAAGAUAAUGAUAUUAAAAAAAAGUAUGAAUCUUUGGAGGAUUCUCAAUUGUUUGUUGAAGAUACCAAAAGAACUUCAGUAAAAAUUUUAGAAAGUAAAGAAUUAACAAAAAGGAAACAAGCUAUACUAGAACGAAGAAAAAAAUUAGAGGCUGAAGCUUUGGCAAAAAAAAAUAGAAAUAAAAAUGUUAAUCCAAUUAAGAAAGAUGAGAAAUUGGGAAAAUUAAUUUCUGAAAAAACUGAAAAAUUAUUAAAGUUAGGAAAGAAACAACAAUCAUCAGAACAAAAAAAAAAUUCAAAAAAGGUUGAGGAAUAUGAUUUAUGGGAUACUCAAGAUGACAAAGUAAAUGAUGACAAUGAAUAUUUUAAAGAAAUAGAUGAAAGGCAUAAAACGGCUACAAAAACAAGAAAAGUUAAAUUGCCUAAGACAGCUAAAGAAGUUGUCAAUAUAAUGCCUGCUGUUGAAGUUGUACCAUCUGGAGCCUCUUACAGACCAGAUGAGAAUGAACAUAAUCAGUACCUACAAAAAAUUCUUAAAGAGGAAAUUAAAUUUAUAAAAGAUAGUGAAAAAAUUAAGAAAAGUCUUAGUUUGAAAGAAGGAGAGACUUAUGCCACACAAAGAGAUAGAUAUUUAGAAGCUGCCAGUGGAUUAUUUGAUAAUGAUACAGAAAUAAAGGAAGAAAUUUUGUCUGAUGAUGAGGAGGGAAAGAAAAAUUUUAGUAGAAGUUUACCAAAAUACAAAACAAUGAAACAACGUAAACGGGCAGCAGCUCAGAAACUUUUGGAACUUCGUGGUGCUGAAAUAAAACGUAAACGUAAAGAUGAAAACCUUAUAGAUAAAGUACCAAGUAUUUCAAAGAAAUUGUCUAUUGAAGAAAAGUAUCUUUUACGUACUAUUAAAUUACGUAAAAGAAAGGCAUUAUUAAGAAAGUGUACUAAGACAUUUGCAAGAGAAGAUGAAAAAUUCAAACCAGAAAUGGAUCCAUUCCUUUUGAAAGAUGAGAUACCUGAUUGUAUGAGACGAUUAAAUCCUCAAGGAAAUGUAUUAAGUAGUAGAAUGAAAAGUUUAGAAAAAAGAAAUAUCAUUUGUGGUAAAGAAGCCAAAAAGAAGAAGAUACCAACUAAAUUACAGUACAAAUUUAUUGAAAAAAGAGAUCACAAACGUGUUGGAAUUGGUUAUAAACCUAUCUAG